GACCGUUAAGUCUCUCUUCACGCUUCUCUGUUGCCUCUGGUGGGCUACUAUCCGUUGGAACAUCCUUCAAUUUCUCUCUCUCGCUCUGGAAACCUUCCCUUCCUUCUCGAAAACCCCCCUCCCCUUCUAUUUCUGAUAUACCAAUUCGCCUCCUUUUCUCGCGCUCUUGCUUCCUCUUCUCCACCUUUCCAUGGUGAUCAGGAAUAGCUCUCUCCUUAUGUCUUUCUGAGACCCUCUUGACUAAGUUUCUCUCUCCUUUUCCUUCUCAAAGGAGUAAAAAUAAAAGAAAAAGGACACGGAAUGGCGAGAGCGGGCAGACGGAGCGCGUUGGGAGAUAUCGGAAACCUUGUUGACGGUCGCUGUUAUAGCUCAUCAAACCUUAAAGAUCCCGACCGGCUUCCUCCUCAAGAUCCUACGAAGAGUUUCAUCCCUCAUGAUCGACCAAUCACGAGACAGUAUGGUGCUAUUCUUGCCAAAACACAGUUAGUUGCACAGAACACUGGCAAAGAGAAUGAUGGGAAUAUCCGGUGGAAAGCUAAACAAUCGCGAACCUCGUCACCCGAGAAAAAAGAGACACAGAAUCGAGCAGCCUACGUGCAGAUUGACGUUUCCAUGGAUGAAAAAGAAGAGGACGGCUCGGAACAGAGUAAUAUCAUGGACUGUGCAACGCCUUCCAUCCCUCCACCCUUGUCGGAGAUCGACGAAUUUGAAUCAUGCGAAAUUGAGAUGGAAGAAGCUGAAUCGCCAACACCUAGAAUCGACGAAUCUGACGUUGGAAAUCCAUUGGCUGUUGUUGAUUACAUCGAGGAUAUACAUAAUCAUUAUAGAGCAACUGAGAUCAUGAGCUGCCUUGCAGCAGACUACAUGUCGAAGCAAACAGAUAUCAAUCACAGAAUGAGAGCUAUAUUAGUCGAUUGGCUGAUCGAGGUCCACCACAAAUUCGACUUGAGGCAUGAGACUCUUUUCCUGGCAGUUAAUCUGAUUGACAGAUAUCUCUCUGUUGAAAACGUUAUGAGAAAAUCACUUCAACUGGUUGGCAUCACAGGGAUGCUACUCGCCUGCAAAUAUGAGGAGGUUUAUGUUCCUGCCCUUGAAGAUUUUGUGAUCAUCUCAGACAGAGCUUAUUCUAGAGAGGAUGUCUUGAAGAUGGAGAGAUCAAUUCUGAACACUUUACAGUUUAGUUUAUCAGUUCCAACACCUUUUGUCUUCAUGAGAAGGUUUCUUAAAGCUGCAGAAUCUGAGACUAAGUUGGAAAUGGUGGCGUUUUAUUUAAUAGAGUUGUGUUUGGUGGAAUAUCAGAUGCUAAAAUUUCCACCAUCCAUGCUAUCUGCUGCUGCAAUUUAUGCAGGAAAAUCCCUGCUGAAACACUUUCCACUAUGGAACAAGACCCUCACUUUUCAUUCCACCUAUUCGGAGGAGCAGAUUCAGGAAUGCGCGAAAUUGAUAGAGGACAUACAUAGAAAUGCGGGUGUCGGAAAGUUAACAUCAGUAUACAGGAAAUACUCUAUUUCUAAGUUCAGAUGUGUUGCCAAACUCACCGACUCUUUCCUACACCAGUUGUAGCUGACUUCACGAACGCUUGACGAAGAAGAUGAUAAAGUGGAACUGUGGAUGACUUUUCAUGGUUGCUGGUUUUUACAUAAGAGACUAAUUCUCGGCCAAACUUACUUUCUCAGCAAGUUUGCAUAGUUUUCUAUCUGUUUAUUAGGUUUGCUCGACGAGCGACAUUGAUUUGAAAGGGGAGCUGACCUCUUUCUUUGUUCUUUGUUAAGAUUAUCGCUGCCAUAAAUAAAAUUCGUUUGAUCUUCUGUA